AUGUCCGAAGAUCUUAAAGCCCUGAAAGCUGAAUUGACCUCGUUGAAGGCGGAAGUAUCUCGUAUUGGCGACGAAGCCGAAAUUCGCAAGCUGCAUUUCAAGUACGGCUACUAUCUCGACAAAUGCCUGUAUCAAGAGGUCGUGGACCUGUGGUCCGAUUCGCCAGAUGCCUUCAUUGAGUUCCACGGAGGAAGAUACCGAGGAAAGGAAGGUAUACGCCGACUAUUUAUCGACCGCUUCGCAGGAAAAUUUGUUCACGGCCGUAAUGGACCUAUCCAUGGUUUCCUCCUAGACCAUGCGAUGCUGCAGGAUAUCAUCGACGUCAAUAAAGAGGGAACCCACGCCUGCGGAAGACUAAGAACUUUGAUGUCCGCUGGCACCCAUGAAAGCAUUGCCGAUGAUCAUCCUCGGGGUCUCGUCCAAUGGUGGGAGGGGGGCCUCUAUGAGAACGAGUAUAUCAAGGAAGAUGGGAUCUGGAAGCCGUAUCGCUAUAGAUAUUUCCCAUUCUGGCAUGCCGAUUUCGAGAAAGGAUGGAGUCACACCCGGCCGGAAUACGUUCCCUUCCCCAAGAAGUGCUACCCAGAGGACCCGCUUGGUCCUGACCAAAUCGUGGAGUCUAGGAAUUUAUGGCCUGAGACAAAGGUUGUACCUUUCCAUUAUCCCCACCCCGUCACUGGGAAGCAGGUUAAAGAGAGUGAUUUGAGAGCGCCAACAUUGGAUGGGGAUAUGUCCAAGAGUGGUCCAGCUCUAUCGCUUAAUUUGCCUGAUGCCCCAACCACAAAGUUAUAA